AUGGUUUCUUCCUCCGCUGUUAUCGCACUCUUCUUUGUGGCGCCUGUUGCUUUUGCAUUUAACUUUCCAUUCGAGAGCAAUCAGUUGAAAGACUCUGAUGUCGGUAACAACUCCGAUAUUGCCUUCGGCAAGCUGCCUGUAGACAAUUCCCCUCGGUGCAAGAGUUAUCCAGGCUAUGAAGGUUGGCCGUCGUAUGAUCGUUGGAGUGUUUUCAACGUGAGCCUCAACGGUGCAUUGCUCAAGGGAAUUCCACCAGCUGCAGCUUGCUACGAAGGUGAAUACAAGGACGCAGCAAAGUGUGCGAUUGUGAGGCGCAGGCAAGGAGAUGCACUCUUUGCUAAAGAGGACCCGUUGAUACCUUUCGGGCAGUGGCAGCUUGACAACCCAUGCCCCGUGCCGAGCCUCAACGUAACGCCCCCGUUAGUUGAAUGCAAACUCAUAUCUUUCCCGGCCUAUGUUGUCAACGCAUCAACGGUCAAGGACAUACAGCUCGCCGUGAACUUUGCUCGGAACAACCGUAUCCGGCUCACGAUCAAGAACACGGGACAUGACUGGAUCGGACGAAACACAGGUGGCGGUGCACUUCAAGUCUGGGUACACCGCCUGAAAGCUUUUGAAUACCUCCCUUCGGUCCAAAUCGCGCAGUACAAAGGUCAGGCGGCUAGGGUCGGAGCCGCUUUGGAGCAGCAUGAGCUGUAUAGCAAUAUGGGCAAAGCUAAUGUUACUCUUAUGGCAACUGGAUCGGCUACAGUAGGAGCAUACGGCGGCUUCAUGCAAGGAGGUGGUUUCUCAUAUGUCACAUCCAAAUAUGGCCUCAUGGCUGAUCAGGUCCUCGCUCUUGAAGUUGUCACAGCGGACGGUAGAUUCGUACACACAGACCCAGAAGAUAACGCAGAUUUGUUUUGGGCUAUUCGAGGAGGCGGCCCAGGUAACUUUGGAAUUGUGACGUCCGCAAUCGUGAAGGCAUACCCAACGACUACAGUCGCUAGAACCGACUUCAACUUUCAGACUGGUCCAAUCUCCACUAACUCUACAACGACCGUCAGGGUUUCUAAUGAGACCUUUUGGAAAGGUGUGAGCGUUUACUUCUCCCACAAUCUCCGCAUCAAUGAUGCCAAAGGCGUCAUGUGGAACUUCAUCGAUACACAGGCUCCAAGCCGCGUCAACCCCGAGCGCACAUUCCUCCUUCGAAACCAGAUAACGAAGCCAGGUGUCACGGUGGAGGAAAUGAAAGACCUUAUCGCCCCACUCAUCAAGGACUUAAAUGAUGUUGGGAUUCCACUACCAAACCCCGAGCCGCGUUUCUGGAAGACAUAUGCAGACUAUGGAUCUCCCCCUGGCGGACCGAGUGGAGCCACAAGUAGCGGCCGUUUCGGCUCCCGCUUGAUUCCACGCUCCAACCUCGAAAAUCCGAAGUCUGAAACCUUCCUCGCAACAAUAGCAUCGAUUCGUUCCUUUGUUGAAGAAGGUGGCUACAGCCAUCAUUCCGUCGACUAUUCGCCAAGCUACGAAACAGCGGGCUACCCAGGCUCAAACUCAGCUGUUUCGCCACACCUACGCAACGCUGUAAUGCAUAUGACGGGCUAUGAUACUACACAGUACACACCGGAUCUCACUGACGAGGAGUGGAAAGCUUCGCAUGCUCGUCUAGAUUCCUAUGUGCAGAAGUGGAGAGAUGUGAGUCCGGGCAGUGGCGCGUACAUGAAUGAGGUCGACACUGAAGAACCAAAUUUCCAAGACAGCUUGUACGGUCGUAAUUAUGAUAGGUUGUUGAGGAUCAAGCAGCAGCGGGACCCGUGGAGUGCGUUCUACGCGGUCAUGGGGGUGGGAAGUGAGAAGUGGAAGGUCGAGGGGACGAGGGGAUUGCCGACGCAACAAGGACGGUUGUGUAGGGUCGAUGCUUAG